UCCCUGUUCCUACCCCAUCUCUCACUUCCAUCUCCACCGUUCUCCACUUCAUCAUCUCCGGUUCCCGCAUGGCGGUUCUCGGAAACCUAGCACUGUUGCUGGAUGUAACUUCACCUCGAAACACAGUAAUCGACCGUAGCAAAGCACGAUUACUCCCUUCCGACAUAUUUUUGAACUUGUUCAAAAAGGAUCUGGUAAUACCUCCAUCUAACCUCUACGCUUCGUUGCCGCCAAAAGGCGGAAUCGAGUUCGAGAAAGAUCCGACAACAACGCCGCAUCGCGGCGUUCGUGGAAGAAAAGCGAAUUCCAAGUUUAACGAAGUCGAUUAUGAGAGUUCUAGUGAUGAAGACAACGGGAAUGGGUACGGGGAUGAUGAAGAUAUCGACGAUGAGAGGAAGAAGAGGUUGGCUUGGGAGACGGAGAUGAGGAUGAGAGUGAAGGAGAAUGAAGAUAUGCGAGAGUUGGAGAAGAAAGCCGAGGAGUUGCAGAGUCGUGACGAGGAAGUUGAGGGUGAGCUUGGAGAUGAAGGUGAUGGUGUAAAUGAACGAGAGGAAGAGACAGAGGAAGAGAAGAGGAUGAGAGUUCGAAGGGAGCUCGAAAAGGUUGCUAAAGAACAAGCAGAAAGGAGGAAAAUGGCUGAAUUGAUGUUUGAUUUGGGGCAAAGGGCUUAUGGAAAGGGUAUGUAUGGGCGUUCGAUUGAGUUCUUGGAAGGUGCUCUCACAAUCAUACCAAGGCCCACUUUGUUUGGUGGCGAGAUACAGAUAUGGCUUGCUAUGGCUUAUGAAGCUAAUAAUCGCCAUAAAGAUUGUAUUGAUCUUUACAAGAAGCUGGAGAGUAGUCAUCCAAGUGUGAGUAUUAGACGCCAAGCUAAAGAUCUGAGAUAUAUCUUGCAAGCUCCUAAGCUUAAGAUAUCACAGGAAGAAAUGGUUACAAUUCCACUUAUUGGUUCUAGCUAUGACAGCUAUGCGGUAACAUGGACGGAUAAAAAUAAAGAGAAAGAAGAAAGAAGCAACCGACUGACAAGUAAUCAAGUCUCAUCGGGCAGAGACUACCUUGGUGACUUUUUGGUAUGGCGACCGCCCGGUGAUUUGGUAAAAAACCAAGCCUUUUGGGCAGCUCUAGUAGUCUGGGUGGCGCUAGUCGGAGCUGCCCUAUAUCUCCAGUGAUGUAUGGAAAAUGCAUUGUGCAUUUUCUUGUUUGAAUAUAAUAUUUCUAUAGAAGAUUUGUAAUUCUGUCUUUUUAUUGUAUAUACGAAUGAAGAAUUGAAAUUGUAAUUAUUCUUGUGUUUAUGUAACUUAUUUUUAUCAAUGAUAAACAAAUGGUUUUUUGUCA